AUGAGUUUCCAGCUCCAGGUUCUUUACUUUGUGGUUGCCGUUGCCUCCCACAACGCCACUGUUGCAGAAGUUUUUGGUUACGUGGCUUACAAUGACAUCUCCAAGUGCAUUGCUUAUGAAGCCCUGCCCGCACGCUUUGGGCCACCGCUCCCAGCAGAAGGGCUGACAGAGUAUUUGAUGAGGGUGAUACCACCAAAUUCUUGCCAUGCAAUAGAGAAUCCUCCAGCACCAAGAAAGACCUCCAAGACUUAUAUUGCAGUCAUAGAGAGACGUAACUGCUCUUUUGCUGAGAAAGUCCUCCAUGCCCAGAGCAUUGGAUAUAAAACCAUUAUUGUGUACAACGUGGAUCCAGAGAAACUGCUCCCCAUGAUGGCUGGUGGCAAAGAAACCAAACAGCUCAUUAAGAUACCGUCACUCUUUGCUGGACAAUUGAUCUCCUUCCACUUGGAAAGGACCUCACAAGGCAAGAAAAAGGUACACAGAGUCUUACCAGCCAAACACUAUUUGGAUCUUUCUCAAGACAACGCUAAAAUGCUGAAGGCAGUUUCGAUCGUGCAGGAUUUCAGGGCCAUAUUCCACAUCGUUUACACCAUUAUGGCCACUAUCUCAAUUAUGAUUGGCAUGAGCUUGUACAAGAGGGCUUGCAAGAUCAAUCUGCACGUGUAUAAGCAGGGAGACAAAUAUGAGACCUGCGUGAUCUGCCUGGCAGAGUACCAGGAAGGGGAAUGCCUGAAGAUCCUGUCCUGUUCUCAUGUUUACCACAGCACUUGCAUUGACACCUGGUUCUACACACAGUCCGGGAAGAAGACGUGUCCUAUCUGCAAGCAGGUGGUAAACACCUAUGUGUUAGGUGACCUCCUGCCAGAGCAGGUUGGUGAAGAGAUGCGUGAGGCAUAA